GCGCCGCGGCCGCCGUCCUCCCGUGUUCACGAGAACUUCCCGCCCAGCGUGGGGGGCGGCGCGCCAGGCCGAGCGCGCACCUGCCCAGACCCGGGCGGGAGCUGUCGGGGCUCAGGAUGGCCGCGGCCGCCGGCGUCCUCCCGGCCCCGGCUGGCCAGGCUGCGGGGGACCAGGCGGAGAUUAUCAGAGUGAAGGUUGAAGAAGAAGACCACGUUUGGGAUCAGGAGUCCUGCCUAAAGAAGAACGUGUCUCACACCCGGGAGCUCUGUCGCCGGCGCUUCCGGCAGUUCUGCUACCAGGAAACUCCUGGGCCCCGCGAGGCGCUGAGCCGGCUCCGGGAGCUCUGCCGUCAGUGGCUGCGGCCCGAGACGCACAGCAAGGAGCAGAUCGUGGAGCUGCUGGUGCUGGAGCAGUUCCUGACCAUCCUGCCCGAGGAGCUGCAGGCCUGGGUGCGGGAGCGGCACCCGGAGAGCGGGGAGGAGGCGGUGACUGUGCUGGAGGAUCUGGAGAGGGAGCUGGAUGAGCCUCGACAGCAGGUCCCACAGGGCACAGAUGGGCCGGAAAUUCCUAUGGAGGAAGUGACUCCUGUGGAGACCGCAAAGGAGCCCUUAGGUGCCCAGCUCCAGCCCGUGGAAGACAGAAUGGAAUGUGACUCUCCGGAGCCACACCCACUGCAGGAUAACGGGUCAUUUUUGUGGCUUUCGAUGAUGUCUCAAAGCAUGGGUGAUGAUAACCCCAGUAGUUUAGACACUAAUGAGUCAGAAAUUGAACCAGAAAAGAUGAGAGAGAAGUUCUUCAGAAGCUUAGCAGUGUUACUGGAAAACAAAAGCAAUAAUACCAAGAUAUUUUCUAAAGCAAAGUACUGUCAGUUAAUAAGGGAAGUGAAAGAGGCUAAAGCGAAGGCAAGAAAGGAAUCCGUUGACUACCGUCGCUUAGCUAGAUUUGAUGUGAUCCUUGUACAAGGAAAUGAGAAGCUGAUUGAAGCUAUAAAUGGGGAAACAGAUAAAGUACGGUAUUACUUACACAGCGAGGAGUUAUUUGACAUUCUGCAUGAUACCCAUCUCAGCAUUGGACAUGGUGGGCGUACCCGCAUGGAAAAAGAGUUACAAGCAAAAUACAAGAACAUCACGAAGGAAGUUAUAAUGCUAUACUUGACACUCUGCAGACUAUGCCAACAGAAAAAUUCAAAACUCAAGAAAGUUCUAAUAUCAAAGCCAAUGAAGGAAGUGAAUUCAAGAUGCCAAGUGGAUCUUAUAGACAUGCAAUUGAAUCCUGAUGGGGAGUACAAAUUUAUUAUGCAUUAUCAAGACCUUCGUACAAAGUUGAGUUUUUUGCGGUCACUAAAAUCUAAAAAGCCUAAGGAAGUUGCACAUGCUCUUUUAGAUAUUUUUACAAUUAUUGGAGCACCCAGUGUCCUACAAUCAGACAAUGGGAGGGAAUUUUCAAGCCAGAUUGUCCAUGAACUCAGUAAUACUUGGCCAGAAUUAAAAAUUGUCCAUGGGAAGCCUCUGCCCUGUCAAAGCCAAAGUUCUAUGAAUCAAACUCAUGAGGAUAUCCAAAAUAGGAUUAUCUCCUGGAUGCAAACUAACCAUUCAUCGCACUGGGCUGAAUUUUUAUGGUUCAUUCAGAUGACCCAAAAUCAACCCUAUCACCGAGGCAUGCAGCAGACUCCAUUUGAAGGCACAUUUAGCUCUGAAGCUAAACUAGGCCUGCGUCAUCCUCAGUUAACUGAAGAACUUAUUGCUAGCCUGAAUCCAGAAAACGAAUUAGAACAGGCCGACAGAGAAUUAGAAAGUACGCCGGGAGCACCUUAUGAAGAGAACAUCGAGACUGGCACGAAUAGCAGUGAUACUGAAGAGCAUCUUUCUACUCCUACCGGGGCCAUGAAGAACCCUCCCGAAAACAGAGUAAAAGUUGUAUCCUGUGUAGUUUGUGAGAAAGAACGCUCAGGCGCUCAUGGUUGUGUGUCAUGUGAUGGGAACGUCCAUGCGAUCUGUGGAGUGCCCCCUCAACGUAACACUGAGGGCUGUCAUCACAGAAUAACGUGCAGUCUCUGCUGUGAGACCACGACAGUGAAAAGGAAACGUGAUGAGAUCCAAAGAAGUUUGACUGGUCAGCCUUCCAAAAUGCUGAAGCCGUCAGAGACACCAUUUUCAUCAGACAAAGUAGGAGAUUGGAUGGCAAAACAAGCUUCACUGGACUUUUUUGUCAAGAAAAAACAUACCUUUUCUGAAUACAGCAGGAGUAGUAAGAGAAAUGGUACUGAUGGAAGUCGCCCAGAGCAGGUGAAAACCAGAAGAGUUCACACAAGUUUUACUCGGAAGUAUGAUCCCUCAUAUAUCGAGUUUGGGUUUGUAGCCGUAAUUGAUGGUGAAGUGCUGAAACCGCAGUGUAUUAUCUGUGGAGAUAUACUGGCUAAUGAAGCGAUGAAACCAUCAAAACUUAAGCGGCAUUUAUUUUCAAAACAUAAAGAAAUAAGUUCACAACCGAAAGAGUUCUUUGAGAGAAAGAGUAGCGAAUUAAGAAGCCGGCCAAAGCAGGUGUUCAGCGUGUCCCAUACAAACAUCAGUGCUCUUCGGGCUUCCUACAAAGUGGCGCUCCCGGUUGCCAAGUCAAAAACGCCGUACACGAUUGCGGAGACGCUGGUGAAAGACUGCAUCAGAGGAGUCUGCCUGGAGAUGCUGGGUGAGUCCGCAGCGGAGAAGGUGGCUCAGGUGCCGCUUUCCAAUGACACCAUGGCUCGACGCAUUCAGGAGCUGGCCAGCGACAUGGAAGACCAACUCAUAGAGCAAAUUAAAGAGGCGAAGUACUUUUCGUUGCAACUUGAUGAAUGCAGAGACACUGCUAACAUGAUCGUUCUUUUGGUGUACGUGCGGUUUGAACACGGUGAUGAUAUAAAGGAAGAAUUCUUCUUUUCAGCCUCUUUACCAACAAACACGACUAGCUCAGAACUGUAUGAAGCUCUGAAGAAUUACGUUGUGAGCAAGUGUGGUCUGGAAUUCAGGUUUUGCGUAGGACUGUGUUCAGAUGGUGCAGCCUCCAUGACAGGAAUGCAUUCCGAAGUGGUUACCCAGAUUAAGGAGCUUGCACCAGAAUGCAAAAUAACACACUGCUUCAUUCAUCGAGAAAGUCUGGCUAUGGAAAAGGUGUCAGCAGAACUAAACAGUGUGCUUACUGACACAGUGAAAAUUGUGAAUUAUGUCAAGUCUAACUCGUUAAAUUCAAGACUGUUCUCUUUAUUAUGUGAUAAUAUGGAAGCUGAUCAUAAGCAGCUGUUACUGCAUGCUGAGGUUCGGUGGUUAUCUCGGGGAAAAGUUCUAUCAAGAAUGUUUGAAAUACGAAAUGAACUCUUAGUAUUUCUGCAGAGCAAGAAACCAGUUUGGUCCCAGCUUUUCAGAGAUGUGAAUUGGACAGCCAGACUUGCUUAUUUGUCUGAUAUCUUCAGUAUUUUUAAUGACCUUAAUGUUUCCAUGCAAGGAAAGAAUGCAACCUGUUUUUCAAUGGCUGAUAAGAUUGAAGGACAAAAACAAAAGUUAGAAGCUUGGAAAAACAGAGUUUCUACAGAUUGUUAUGACAUGUUCCAUAAUUUAACAACAGUUAUCCAUGAAGUAGGUAAUGACCUUGACAUUGCCCAUCUGCGAAAAAUUAUCAGCGAACAUCUUACAAAUUUGUUGGAUUGUUUUGAAUUGUAUUUUCCAUCAAAAGAAGAUCCACGUGUAGGAAACUCAUGGAUCCAAAAUCCAUUUCUUUCACCAAAAGAUAAUUUAAAUUUAACUGUAACUCUACGGGAUAACUUGUUGAAGCUGGCUACUGAUGAAGGAUUGAAAAUGAAUUUUGAAAAUACAGCAUCACUUGCUUCAUUUUGGAUAAAAGUUAAAAAUGAGUAUCCUGAGCUUGCUGAGGUUGCUUUAAAAUCCCUCCUUCUGUUCCCCUCAACAUCCCUCUGUGAGACUGGGUUCUCUACUUUGAGUGUUAUUAAAACAAAACACAGGAACAGUUUAAAUAUCCAUAAUCCCCUGAGAGUAGCACUGUCAUCAAUCCAGCCUAGGUUAGACAAGUUAACGAGCAAGAAGCAAGCUCACUUAUCACAUUAAAAACUUGAAGGUGUCCAGUCAAAGUAUGCAUAUACGCAUCACGGAAUAGGGAAAGUUACGAUUAAAAUAGCAGUUUUCUAUAUCAAUUGUCUAUAUGUACACUUUCAGUUAAAUGUACAGUUUUUAUAAUUGUUUUUUCUUGUUAUAUUUAUUAAAAUGUAACUUUAAAUCUGUUGCUUCUAAUAUUAAAAAAUUUGGU